UCCGGUCCGUCAGUCGGCUCCUCGGUACGGUCGUCGUUCGCACGUCGCCUUUUGAAUUGUUUUCGGUGUCGUCGUCCUCCCGAUCGAGAAAUACACAAGACGAACCCAUUGCGGCGUGUCCUUGAGAACCAACAAUUAAAACAACAAGGAACAUACGAGGAGCCAAGUUUUUAGACAUUUUAGCACUUUUUAUUUAGUUUUAAUAAAUCGUCAUCAUGUUGUUACGUUUUGUUAACCGUAACAGCCGUUAUGGCCUGUCCCAACUUAACUCCCGACUCACAACGAGUUCUGGAAGGACCUAUGCGAAUAGCGUUGAGUACAAACCCAUCCGUAAAGUACUCGUGGCGAACCGAGGUGAAAUCGCCGUGCGAGUUUUUCGCGCCUGUAACGAAUUGGGCAUCAAAUCAGUGGCCAUUUACUCCAAGGAGGACAGAGCACAUCUGCACAGACUGAAAGCCGACGAGUCUUACAUGGUCGGCGUGGGUCAACCCCCAGUUCAGGCUUACUUAGAUAUCGAUCAAAUCGUUAAGAUUUGCUUGGACAAUGGCGUGGAUGCCGUGCAUCCGGGUUACGGCUUCCUUUCGGAGCGAUCGGACUUUGCUCAGGCUAUCGUCAAUGCGGGUAUGAGGUUUAUUGGACCUUCCCCGAAGGUUGUGCAACAAAUGGGUGACAAGGUAGCUGCUAGGGUUGCUGCUAUUGAAGCAGGUGUACCAAUUGUCCCGGGUACUGAUGGUCCUGUGACAACCACCAAGGAGGCUAUGGACUUCUGUCAGAAACACGGAUUACCAGUUAUUUUCAAAGCUGCAUUUGGUGGAGGCGGCCGUGGUAUGAGAGUCGUAAGAAAAAUGGAAGAAGUAGAAGAGAACUUCCAACGUGCAUCAUCAGAAGCCAAAGCAGCCUUCGGCGAUGGUUCCAUGUUUAUUGAAAAGUUCAUCGAGCGCCCCCGUCACAUUGAAGUACAAUUGCUAGGAGACAAAGCCGGAAAUGUUGUGCACCUUUACGAACGCGAUUGCUCUGUGCAGAGGAGACAUCAGAAAGUCGUGGAAAUGGCACCGGCCCCGCACUUAAACGACGUCACCCGUCAACGCAUGUUUGAAUGCGCAGUCAAACUCGCCAGACAUGUGGGAUACGAAAAUGCUGGAACCGUCGAAUUCCUUGCCGAUGAAAGCGGAAAUUUCUACUUUAUUGAAGUCAACGCUAGAUUGCAAGUGGAGCAUACCGUCACUGAAGAAAUCACUGGUGUAGAUUUAGUACAAUCACAGAUUCGUGUUGCUGAAGGCAUGACAUUGCCGGAAUUGGGAUUAAAACAAGAAAAUAUUGCGCCUAACGGUUUUGCCAUUCAAUGUCGUGUGACUACCGAAGACCCCGCCAAAGGUUUCCAACCAGAUACCGGAAGAAUUGAAGUGUUCAGAAGCGGUGAAGGCAUGGGUAUCCGUCUCGAUGGUGCUUCUGCGUUUGCAGGCGCCAUUAUCUCUCCGUACUACGACUCUCUUCUCUGUAAAGUCAUCGCCCACUCUCGCGAUCUUCAAAGCUCCUGCGCCAAGAUGAAUCGUUGCCUUCGCGAGUUCCGUGUGCGUGGUGUGAAGACCAACAUUCCUUUCUUGCUCAACGUCUUGGAAAACCAAAAGUUCCUCAACGGUUCCGUUGACACUUACUUCAUUGACGAAAACCCACAACUGUUCAACUUUGUGCCAUCUCAGAAUCGUGCCCAGAAACUUCUCAACUACAUUGGACAGGUCCUAGUCAACGGACCCACCACACCAUUGUCAACUAAUCUUAAACCCGCUGAAAUUACACCAUUCAUCCCCGCGGUGUCGCAGGACUACCAGGAGACGACAUCGUCGCGCGAGGAGCGCAACAUAAAAUUCACAAAGCGUGCAGCGUACUUUACAGACAGUCACGAGGAAACACCACAUGAUGUGAGGCCCCCACAGGGUCUGCGCCAGGUUUACAAAGAAAAAGGCCCCGAAGCAUUCGCGAAGGCGGUUAGAAAUAGCAAACAACUACUACUCAUGGACACGACCUUCCGUGACGCCCAUCAAUCUCUACUUGCAACUCGUGUUCGCACCCACGAUUUACUUAAAGUGUCUCCCUAUGUUUCACACAAGAUGAGCAACUUAUAUUCGUUGGAAAAUUGGGGUGGUGCUACCUUUGAUGUUGCUAUGCGUUUCCUCCAUGAAUGCCCAUGGGAACGCUUAGAAGAGAUGCGUAAACUGAUUCCGAACAUUCCAUUCCAGAUGUUGUUACGCGGAGCUAACGCUGUUGGCUACACAAAUUAUCCGGACAAUGUUAUCUUCAAAUUCUGCGAGUUAUCCGUGCAAUGUGGUAUGGACAUCUUCAGAGUGUUUGACUCUUUGAACUAUCUCCCCAACUUGAUCAUCGGUAUGGAAGCAGCUGGCAAAGCUGGAGGCAUCGUUGAAGCCGCUAUUUCAUACUCUGGUGACGUUUCCGAUCCGAAAAAGACGAAAUACGACCUUAAAUACUACCUAAACCUCGCUGAUGAAUUGGUCAAAGCUGGCACGCACGUUCUUGCAAUCAAAGACAUGGCUGGAUUACUCCGACCUACUGCUGCCAAAAUUUUGAUCACUGCUCUCCGUGACAAAUACCCAGAUCUGCCAAUUCAUAUUCACACCCACGACACAUCCGGAAAUGGCGUCGCAUCUAUGUUGGUAUGCGCUGAAGCCGGUGCUGAUGUUGUAGAUGUUGCCGUUGACUCUAUGUCCGGCCUCACAUCGCAGCCAUCAAUGGGUGCUAUUGUGGCGGCACUUCGUGGCACAGCGCUUGACACUGGAAUCGAUCUCUCUACCGUUUCAGACUACUCCGCCUUUUGGGAGCAGACCCGUACUCUCUACGCACCAUUCGAAUGCACCACGACAAUGAAGAGCGGAAAUGCUGAUGUCUACAGCAAUGAAAUUCCCGGAGGACAAUAUACUAAUCUGCAGUUCCAGGCUUACUCUCUUGGUCUUGGAGACCACUUUGAAGACAUCAAGAAAGCCUACGCUGAAGCCAACCAGCUUCUUGGCGAUAUUAUCAAAGUCACACCUUCAUCGAAGGUUGUUGGUGACUUGGCACAAUUUAUGGUACAAAACCAACUUAAACCCCAAGACGUUUUGGACAAAGCUGAAGAAUUAUCUCUACCCAAGUCCGUUGUGGAGUACCUACAAGGCUGGAUUGGACAGCCCUAUGGUGGAUUCCCUGAACCCUUCAGAAGCAAAGUGCUUAGAAAUAUGCCAAGAAUUGAGGGUCGUCCAGGCGCAUCUAUGGAGCCAUUGGACUUUGGAAAACUUAAGGAUGAACUUAGGGCUAGCGUUCCGGCUGACUUCCCCGUGACAGAUAAGGAUAUCAUGUCUGCUGCGUUGUACCCCAAGGUCACCAAGGACUUCCUCUCCUUCGUGUCCGAAUAUGGUCCAGUAACACACCUCGACACACGCAUGUUCCUCACAGGUCCCAAAGUGGGCGAGGAAUUCGAAGUAUCCAUUGAACGUGGUAAGACCCUUGGCAUCAAGACACUAGCCGUCGCUGAAGACCUCACAGAAAACGGAGAGCGUGAAGUGUUCUUCGAGCUCAACGGUACUCUGCGUUCCGUCUUCAUCAAGGAUAAUGAAGCGCGUAAGGAAAUGCACAUUCAUCCCAAGGCAGUAAAGAGCGACCCGAAACAGGUGGGCGCACCUAUGCCAGGUGAAAUCAUCGACAUUCGUGUGAAGAAGGGUGACCGCAUCACCAAGGGCCAGCCACUCGUUAUUCUUAGCGCCAUGAAAAUGGAGACCGUUGUACAGUCACCAGUUGAUGGCGUUGUGGGAUCUGUGGACAUCAAGAUGGGCAUGAAAUUGGAGGCUGAAGAUUUGAUUUUAUGUCUAGAGUAAACUCAAAUUGCGAGACAUUUCAACUCGGGAGAACACUUGAUUCAAGGGUGCGACGUGCAAUCGUUAACAUAAUAUUCCUAAUUCUUCCUGUGGCAAUGAAGGCAUUGCACAGAGUGCGAGAAAACAAUGGAACGACGUUUCAUCAAUCUCUAAGAAUAUUUUUUGUAAUAUUUUAUAUAGAUUAUAAAUAGUUAUUUUGUUACAUAAAUUUGUUAUAUAAAAAUAAACACGAUAAGACUUUGUUAAAAAAAAGAAA